AUUAUUUAUUUAUUUUCUUUAGUUCCAAGUUCUCAACCUUUCUAGAACUUUCUGAAUGUUCUCCUCACCAUAAGUUUCUGGAGCCGUUCUUUAGUCCUGUAGUCAGAGGUCUUCACAGGAGCAGAAACAAACGCUGGACCAGUGUCUGACGGGCCUGGACCCAGACUUCAGUUAAACCUUCACUCCUUUGAACAAAUGAACCAGAAAUUUCCACUAUUAAAAAAAGAAGCCUCAAGCUGUUAUAUACUGCGGCACCGAAGAUAAAACUCUAGGAUCUGAGUGGAACCAGAAUCUGGGUCAGAGAUCAGCCACAGCUCUGUGUUCCUGCCAUCAGUUACGGAAGAAAAAAACCAAAAGUUUCAGUGUCGGACGGAAAAAUAAGAAGGUCAACAGGAAACCUUGACAGAGCAGCAAAAAACUCUUGAGAGUCCGGUACAAAUUCUGGUCCCGUGGUCCAACACUGGCUUUCAACAAUAAUGGCCCAAACACAGACGCUUUGUUGUAGGAAAUCCAUGCCAGUCAAACCUGGAACAGGGCCUGGAACAGGGCCUGGAACAGGGUGGGAGGACUCAGCUGUGAGUGUGUGAACAGCUCAUUCAGCAGAACAACAGAACCGCUGAGGAACAUAGUCACAGAUGGGUAAAGGUUCUGGUUUUAGAUAAACUAAACUGGCUCAGAAAUCACAGCUCACUAAUGUACCUCUCUAUAGAAUUCUUUGUUCAGAUCCACUGCACAAAUUAACCACUGGAGGCAGCAGUGGACUGGAAUCCACUGUGAGCUAAAAUCACUGAUUUUCCAUAUUUUUUUUACUAUUUUAAAGACAACACUGUAGUACUGUAGUAGUACUUCAUCAGUCAGACUGGCUGUUGAUAUACUAAAUAUGUGUAUAUAUUUAGUGUGUGUGUGUGUUCUGGUAGUUGACGCCUCUUUAUCCUCUCCCCCCCUCUGACUCCACACCUUGUCACUGACCUUCUGACCUUCUGUCUCCUCUACACUGCGUCCAAAUGCAGAGAUGUGAUUGGCUGAAUAACAUCACACGAGGGACUCCAUCAGGUUCAGGUUCAGACCUAGUCCACACUGACUACGCUACUGCACACUUAUAUUGAAAUUUAAUCCACAACAAGUGCUUGAGGGGCCAGGCGGUGCCCGUGAGCCUUGAGUUUGACACGUGUGCUUUGAUAUAAAGACAGAGAGGAGAAGAAAAAAAUCUGGUGGAAAGAAAAUUAGGGAAGGAAUGUGAUUUGUUUUUGCUGAGAGUCAGAGCUAAGUGUGAGUGUCACUGCCCCCUCUGGUCCUCCUACAGUCCUCCUCUGGUCCUCCUACAGUCCUCCUCUGGUCCUCCUACAGUCCUCCUCUGGUCCUCCUAGAGUCCUCCUCCGGUCCUCCUACAGUCCUCCUCUGUCCGUCCCACAUCUGGACUUCUUCCUCAGACAGACGUUUGAGUCUGGGCUGGAUGUCAGACUUCACUGCUCUCCAGAAAAACAUCUUUCCACACGGACAUGAUCUUCCCAGGACAUUCCUGGCUGUGGUCCCUGUGUCUCUUGCUCCUGGUCUUGGUUCCUUUGUCGGACUGUCAGUCACCACUGGACCUAGUAGAAGAAGAGAUGGAGGAGGAAGAAGAGGGGCCUCAGGUGGAGGCUGUGGUUCCAAAGGUGAAGAAACCUGAGAUGUUCCUGUGUCCUGUGGACUGCAGCUGUACAGCAGAAGGUUCCGUGGACUGCGCUGGAGUGGACCUGACCGACUUCCCCGCUGAGCUGUCGGACCGAGUCAAACAGCUGUCUCUGCAGAACAACAAAAUCCAGGAGAUCACACUGGAGCACAUUUCACAUCUGCACCAGCUGGAGACUCUGAACCUCCAGAACAACUGGCUCACCUCUGAUGGUCUUGAAGAUGAAUGUUUUGAGAUGUUGGAAGAACUGAGCUAUUUAUACCUGGCCAACAACAAGUUGACCCUGGCACCAAAGGUUCUGCCACACUCUCUGGUCAGUGCUGACUUUGCUGCAAACCAGCUGACCAGGAUUUACCCCUACACCUUUGGUCACAAACCCAAGCUGAGGUCGGUGUAUCUCCACAACAACAAACUGACCGACACUGGACUUCCUGAUCACAUGUUCAAUGGUUCUGAAAGUCUGGAGGUCCUCACCUUGUCCAGCAACGGUCUGAGGGUCGUUCCCAACAACCUGCCAUCCAGUCUGUACCGUCUCCACUUAAAGAGCAACAAACUGGAGAAAGUUCCGUCCGGAGCCUUCAAGAACUUGUCAAACCUCCGAGAGCUGUAUCUGCAGAACAACUUCCUGAGCAACGAAGGCCUGGACAACGAGACCUUCAGCCAGCUGAACAGCCUGGAGUGUCUGGAUCUGUCCAACAACAACCUCAGCGUGGUCCCCAAAGGUCUGCCUCGGAACCUGGUGCUGCUGCACCUGGAGAAGAACUCCAUCCACAGCAUUCCAGGAGACGCUCUGGUCUCCGUCAGGAACUUGGAAUAUCUGCUGCUCCACAACAACAAGCUCCGCUCCCGCUCCAUCCAUCCGACAGCGUUCCAGGGACUGAAGAAGCUGCACACGCUGCACAUGUACAACAACCUUCUGGAGCGAGUUCCCCGAGGUCUUCCUCGCCGGGCCAAGAUCCUGAUGCUGCUCCACAACCAGAUCUCUGAAAUUGGUCGUAACGACCUGGCUCUGCUCUUCACCCUGACGGAACUCAACCUGAGCUACAACAAACUCACCAACACCAAGCUGCACCGCGAGGCCUUCAGGAAGCUCAGAUUCCUGGAGAAGCUGGACCUGUCCGGGAACGGACUCCAGUCCCUCCCACUGGGCCUGCCACGCAGCCUGCACGUCCUGGAGAUCAAGAACAACCACCUCAGCUCGGUACCAGACGGGGCUCUGACAGGAAUGGACAAACUCCACAAGAUCGUCCUGAGCAACAACCAGCUGAGACUGAACUCGGUUUACCAGGGAGCCUGGAUGGAACUGAGCGCCCUCACUACGUUGGACCUGUCAGGGAACCAUCUGACCCACAUUCCCUCAGACCUGCCAGAGUCUCUGGAGUACCUGUACCUGCAGAACAAUCGCAUCUCAACAGUUCCUGCAUCAGCAUUUGAAGGAACACCAAACAUCAAAGGGAUCUUUCUACGGAUGAACCGUCUCUCUGUGGACUCUGUGGAGGAGAAUUCCUUCGCUCUACUCACCAACCUGCAGGUCCUGGACAUUGGUCAGGGAGACAGUGGCCUGCCUUUUAAAAAAGACCAUCUGACGGGGGAGGAGGGGGACGUAGAGGAGGAGGAGGAGGAGGAGACAUAAGCCUGACUCAGUUAAACUGGACUCUGGCCUGAAUCCAGCUGUGAAUGAAUGAAUGAAUGUACGUCUCUGUGUUUGUGUCUGGUGCAGGAAACCGGAUUGAGCCAAACUUUAGUUUCCUUCCUAUAGGCUGGUUUAAAAACCUGAGCUUUAGUUUGAUUUGACUUUUUUUUUUUUUUUACCAAAGAGUUUAUUCAUAUUGUUUCAACAAAAUGCACUUAAAAAACUGCACAAAAGUCUUUGUCCAGUUCACUCUGUAACAGUGAAAAUGAAACACAGCAUUUAAAAGGA